AUGGGGUCCUUUUUGAGGAGCUUUCGGAGAGAUGUGGGACCUCCCACGCCUUCGGUCGGCGCCACUCCCGCGAAGAAAGAACCUCCUGCGGCUCCAAUGACCCCGCUAGAGAAGAUGCUGAAGGAUAUGGGGCGAAUCCGUGAGGAUGGUAGUGAUAAAUUUUAUGGGAUGGAGAAUUACGGCAAUACUUGUUAUUGUAACUCAAUAUUACAAUGUCUUUAUUAUUCUGUUCCUUUUCGGGAAGCCGUCAUCAAUUAUCCGACGCGAACGCCCAUCGAAAGCCUGGAGGCAGCAUUGGCUGAGAAUCUCCGCUAUCAGGAUCCUAACGCCAGUCUAGAAUCCGAAGCACAGGCUGAGAAACAGAAAGUCGCCAACCAACAACGGCCUGGCGCGCCGCCGAAUCAACCGCAGAAACCCGAGGAUAAGGAUUCACCUGAGUACAAGAAAAAGAUGGCCCUCCAGACACUCCCGAUAUUGGAAACAAAGAACAACGCGGCCAGUUAUGGAAUGUCAGAGUCACUCUUUACUUCACUGAAGGAUAUCUUUGAGUCACUCGUGGCUAGCGAAUCCCGAAUCGGCAUUAUCCGACCACAACAGUUCUUGGAUGUUCUCCGACGAGAGCAUGAGAUGUUCCGGUCAGCUAUGCACCAGGAUGCACAUGAGUUUUUGAAUCUCUUACUCAAUGAAGUGGUUUCAAAUGUGGAGGAAGAGGCCUUGAAACAGCCGGUACAGCGAAGCGUGCCGCCAGCGGAGAGUGUUGAAUCGAGCGACUUGUCGACGGGUUCAGGGUCGAAAACACCAAAUACAACUCGAUGGGUGCAUGAGCUGUUCGAAGGAACUUUGACGUCGGAAACACAGUGCCUCACCUGUGAGAAAGUCUCCCAGCGCGAUGAGGUUUUCUUGGAUCUCUCAGUGGACCUGGAGCAGCACUCAUCGGUCACAUCGUGCUUACGGAAGUUUUCUGCGGAGGAAAUGCUCUGCGAAAGGAACAAGUUUCACUGCGACAACUGCGGAGGUCUGCAAGAGGCGGAGAAGAGGAUGAAGAUCAAGCGCUUGCCGCGGAUUCUAGCCUUGCAUCUCAAGCGGUUUAAAUAUACCGAGGAUCUGCAACGGCUUCAGAAGUUGUUCCAUAGGGUUGUCUAUCCUUACCAUCUGCGGCUCUUCAAUACGACCGAUGACGCGGAAGAUCCGGACCGCUUGUACGAGCUGUAUGCGGUAGUGGUACAUAUCGGUGGCGGACCUUAUCAUGGGCACUAUGUUGCCAUCAUCAAGACACAGGACCGAGGGUGGUUACUGUUCGACGACGAGAUGGUGGAGCCUGUCGACAAGAACUAUGUCCGUAACUUCUUUGGCGAUAAACCAGGGUUGGCCUGCGCCUAUGUGCUAUUCUAUCAGGAGACUACUCUUGAGGCUGUAUUGCGGGAACAGGAGCAGGAGAACAUGGAUUCGACUGCAGAGACGAACGAGUCGGUUUUCAAACAGAAUAACACCGUCCUGACUCCGGCACUGGCCCAUGUCCACAGUGCUUCCCAGAUUCCCUCAGUAGAUGAUCCCACUCCAUUCAUGGGCCUCAAACGGGCCCCAACUGCGCCUCCUCAGCUGUCUACCCACCUUGAACAUAUUGAUGCGGAGAGCGCCCAUGUGAGCACACCCAUUAGUCCACCUGUUCCGCCAAUACCGGAAACGCCAGCUCUGCCUCUUAGCCCCAAGAAGAGCGAUCUAUUGUCCAAGAAAGAAAGGGCUAGGGAAGAGAAGGAACGAAGGGUAGCCGAGAAGGAGAGGGAGAAGCAGCGCCGGAAAGAAACAGAAGCAAGAUUGAGGGAGAGCCAACGACGGGAAGACGCCGAAAUGAAGGCCGCUCUGGAAGCGAGCAGAACAUCCUUCAAGGCCGACGAGGACCGACGUAAUGUCUCCGAUUCCGGAAGGGAUAGUGACUCGAAGAUGUUUGGUGGCGGUCUAAGCCGUCUGAAACGAGGCAGUAAGAGCAUCGGUCACCGAUUAGGCAAAGACCGAGAAAGUCGGACUUCUUCAUCCAGCUUCUCAACCACACCACCGAUCACCGAGCAUCAGUUCCCUAUCCGAGGCACAGCGGAGCAGUCGCAACAACACUUCGUGCCGACUCCACCAGCUCAAACCGAGCAGUCGCAGACAUCAGUCAACUCCAACAGAAAUGCAAGUCACGACGAAGAGCGUGACACCCUCAAGGAUCCCAAAAGCCAUGGAAAAUGGAGAAGCUUCACCAGUAUCAGGAAGAAAUCUUUCAGCAUUCUUUCUUGA